AUGACCAGUAAAAGUGUUGAUUUUCCAUCUUAUAAAACAUGUGAUAAUUGUCAUAUGCUUAAAGAAAUUACUGAAUUUCUUAAAAAUAAUAAAGCCUUAGUUUGGUGUCAAUCAUACAUUGAUGAAUUUGUAUAUAACUCUUUGAUUUUCUUGGAAAAUACUAAUAACUUUUAUAAAAAUGAUAAUGUCGAAUUGGUGAUUAGUUUUGAUGUCGAGUUGUCCUCUCUUAUUACUACAAUAUUAGAUAAGAAUAAAGAAAAUUUUAAUAAUAAUGAAAAACUUUACCUUGAAGUUGCUCGUCGUACAGCAAAAUUUAUUGAAAAUGGAGAUGGUUAUAGAGAUACUUCUAUACGAAUUGAAUGGUAUAAUUGUGAAGGCGUUAUUAAAAUUGAAAUUCUGGAAUCUUUAAAUAUUAUCAAAAUUGAAUACUCUCAUUUAAUGCUACAUCCACAUUCAAUUCAUGUAGAAACGACUUUGGAAAUUCGUGAAUUUAUCAGAAAUAAUAUUAAUUAUUUGGUUCCAGAAUUAUAUCGACAAAUUAGAGAAAAACAACUCAAAGGAUAUGAAAAUCUUACGUCAAAAGAAUCUCAAAAAAUGUACCAUCACAAUUCUGAUCCUUUUAUAUCAACAAAACUUUUAUUGAAUGAAUAUAAUCAGAAAAUUAUCAUUGAUAUAACUACUCCAACACUAGCUCUUAGAUUUCUUACUGAAUUAUAUGCGAUUAUGGGCGUGAUCGAUGAAACUGGUUUUCCUAUAAGCUACCUGUUAAUUGCUGCAGAUAAAAGCAGUGAUAUUACGACAAUUUUAAUUCAAUAG